AUGAUUACCUGGCAGUACCGUUUACUUUUGCUCGCGGCCAGCAUUCUGGCUACCGUUGCGAUACAGGCAAAUUUCGAACGGCUUGAGCAACCCUCGGGCAAGGAGUAUGUAGAUUAUAAUCUUCGUGUCCGGAAGUUCAAUCGCACCGCAGCCACACUCAAUGGAACGAUCAGUAUUAAUCAGGUUAUGGAUAACACGAUGAUUUUUGACAGCGAUGUGUUUCUCAGCCGGCUUGGAAAUCAACAGUUUCUUCACUCACCGCUACACCUACCAUCGACCGGGAUGUGUGAGCUGGUGGAUCACGUCCGCGAAGAAUAUCCUUUGCUAUUAGAAGGCAUUGAAAACUUUCCACAAAGUGGGGAGUGUCCUAUCUCUGUGCGAACGGUGUACGUAAAGGAUAAAAUGUUUCCGCCGGAAAUACUACCCACUCCGAUGUCGGCAGGGCUGUGGAAGAUUAUCUUCUCCAGCAAAGCGAAUGAGAAGAUGAUAUUUGAACUUGUUGCAAUUAUUCGCAUAACCGAUAGUUUUUGAAGAAGUAAAGAUCGUUUAGCACACAGCUAAAAUGCAAUAAACGCUUGCAUGUUAUUGGGCUUGACAGUAUGGUAGGUUGCGUGUUUAUUUCGAUUUUUUCCCGCGGAAGA